UCUCUGUCAAGCGCCUAGGUGUUCAGGUCAAACCCAUAUAUAUAUGAAUGCUGCGCUUGUCCUCCGAGGUCUACUGCUUUCACCACCCAACUUCGCAACGUAACCGAACCCAACGUAACAAGUCCCCCAUACUGACGAUCAACACACAAUGGCAGCAGCCCAGCAUCCAGCUUCCCAGCAGCACCCCCUCGAGCAACCCGGUGUGAUCCGCCUCCUUGUUGAAUCGCGCACGCUUACCGGGGAAGACCUCCUGAACCUCGCGCUGACGAGCAAGGCAAUCUUCCGACUGGUGUACCAGGAACGCCGGCGCGACAAAAUCAAGCGUCUCCCCUUCCUCUCCAACCGUCAGAGCCCCGUGUGGUCCGCCAUCGAGCUGGACGACGCCAAGGCCCUGAAAGACGCGCUUGAGCUGGGCGAGUUCGACGGAGACGACGCCACUAGUACCUCCUCUCCCAACGGCCGCCUCCUGCACGCCAACGGCGGACGCGGCGUGCACCUGCUGAUGGGGAUGUGCAUCGAGCGGGGAUCCGUCCGCUGCCUGCACUUCCUGCAGUCAUGGGUCGACAGGCCAGCAUCGCCGUUCGCCUACGACCCGGCGUGGGUAUAUGAAAGGGUCAAGUGCGAAGCCCUCCUCCGCUCCGGCAGACUAGAGUGUCUCCUGUACCUCCACGAUCGGGACAAGGCACAACAACAACAACAAUGCCCAUCCCCAACCGCUCUGUACAGAACCCUCCUCCAACAAGCCCGCUCCCCGGCCGCCGUCACCUGGCUUGCGCGGCGCAUGCCCGACAACACAGAUUACCUGCCAAUCCUAAUCGCCCAGGCCGCAAACCGGUACACGCAGCCGGCCGUGCUGGAAGCGCUGAUCGAGCUCGUGCCACGGGAUAAGCUCUCUUCCUCCUCCACUAGUCGUAGGAGCAGGAGCAGUAAUAGGACUGCGCUCUCCGCCGCCGCGUCAGCCCUGCACAGCCCCGCCAUCGACGUCCUCCUCCGCUGCGGGGCGCGCGCCUUCCACCACCACCACCACCACCACCACCACCACCACCACCCGGUGUCAGCAACGGCGUCGUCUUCUUCUUGCAACCCGCUCUUCUGUGCGCUUGCGGCAUGGCACUUCCCCCGACAUAAGAAGGAGGAGGAUCAGGAUAAUGCCUGCUCGAGACCAGUCCUCCUCACGCCCAGAAGAAUGGAAAUCCAGCGCUGGCUGGCCCGGGUUGUCAAGCCCCGCGCGUCGGCGAUGCAUGCGGCUGUGGCGUACCUCACGGACGCGGCGGACAUUGAGUUUAGUGUGCUCCGGAAGGAGAAGGAGGAGGAGGGGCAGGGGCAGAGGGUGUUGUUGCUGGGGGAGAUGUUGGAUUUGGCCGCGAUGGUGUUUGUGUUUUCGUUGAGGGUGUUUCUGUUGGGAAAUUUGGGGUCGUGGUGGUUACACCCUCCUUCUUCUUCUUGGGAAGAUGGUGAAGGUGAAGGUGAUGGUGAAGGUGAUGGUGAUGGGUUGAAGGGGAAGCUGCUUGUCCCCGCUCGGCCGGGUAGAGUGACGGCGUGGAGCGAGACGCCCGUUGCUUCUGCCCUUCGGUCUGCCACUGGUGAUGAAGAGGGGGGGACGGGGACUGCAAAGAUCGUAGGGGAGACAGAUCUGAACAUUACCUGGCGCGAAGGGCUUUCGGGGCGAUGGGUGAGGGCCAGGCUGCGCGAGGAAGGCGUCUCGCUACCCAGGCCGCUCGAGGAGAUCUGGAACAUGCUGCUUACGCCGACGACUGCCGAGCUGGCGGCGCGGUACCUCAAGUUCCGGCCCGAGAAGGUGAGCGCGGGCAACUCGCUGGACCUGCUGUGGGAGUUGCUUGUUGCCGCGGAGAGGGAGGGAUCUGUGCCUGGGAUGACGUCUCGAAUCCCGGGAAUGGACUUCGACCUGGAUGAUUCUGAAUGGGAGGAGCCGGUUAACGGCAGGAUUGUGCAUGAGGUGGAUGACGGGGGAAGAAGAAGCACCCUCCCUUCUGAAACACCAGCGGCCCAGGAGAGAACAUCAGACCCAGACUCGGACUGGGAGAUCACCCACACUCCACCCUCCGGAUCAGAUGACGAUGACGAUGACAAUGAGUGGAUGCAAGUGCAGACCACUCACACAAAAGAAUAGCGAGUUCUGAGUAAGUAGAUUUGUAGAACCAGA